GCCAUUAAGAUGAACCCCACAAACACACAAGAUAAAAAAAAACCUUCAGUUCCUAAAAAUAUUGUGAACGCACCGCGUCCAUUGGUAUUGAUCUUCAACCAUCAUAUAUUUGAGGAUGGCAGCGAACGGGAAGGAACGGCACAGGAUGUUGAAGCUCUCCAUCGCACCUUUACUUCCCUGAACUGUGAUGUAAAUGAAAUCCUGAACCCAAAGUUGGCUGAUAUUAAAAAUAUAUUCAAAAAAUUGGAAUUGGAUUGUUUGAUGCACUUGCCAGCUUUGGUUAUUGUCAUUCUAAGCCAUGGUGGCCGCAAUGAUAUGAUUAGUACCUGUGACGGUAGAUUUUACAACUUGAACGACGAUGUCCUUUAUCCUCUCUUCAGGAAUGAGACGCUGCGUGGAAAACCAAAAAUCCUUAUUACCCAAGCAUGCAAAGGAAAUCUGGAGGUUGAUGCAUCACCCAUAAAAUCCACUCCCACAGAAUAUAUCAAGUGUUACUCUACCACGGAAGGAUUCAGAAGUUAUCGUGACUCGGUGACAGGAUCGUGCUAUAUUCAGGCCCUGUGCAUCCACUUGAAUCUAUAUGGAAGGAAGUGGGACUUCCAAACCAUAAUUCAGAAAGUAGGCGUUCAAGUGGCGAAUGAAACUUAUAACGGAAAAAAGCAGAUACCAACAUUCGUCCCAAGUCUGAAUAAAAAAUUUUACUUUGGCCACAAUGUUUAUACCGAUGGGAAUCCAAAUGUGAAUCAAUAAACUCUGUAUAUUAUAUAGAAUAGGAGAAUAAAAUAUGGUUUUGUUAUAAUUCUA